UGCAUUGGACCCGAGGUGCCGGGCUCCCGGUGCCCUCUGUCCGUGUUACCUGCGUCAGCGCUGACCCCGCUGUCAGCGGGAUUAUGUGUCUGACCUCAUUGCGCUGACCCGUUAACCCCGGGGCAGCACGGCUCUGCUCCCCGUGUGCUGCUGGGCACAGCACCGGGAGCGUCAGGCAGCGCUGGGGGCAGGCUGCCCAUGCUCGGCUCUCACAGCCGUAUCGUCUGUUUUAUUGCCGGUCCCACCGCUGUGUCCGUGACCCCGCACUCCCGGGGUCCCCCCGCUCCCGGUCCCUCCCCCGUUGCUACAGCGACGUUGUCAUCGCGCUCCUCCCGCCCCACGGCCCCGCCCCCGAGCCCCGCCUCGACCAAUGGCAGCGCGCCGCCAGGCCGGGCCGCGGUGACGUCAUGGCCGGUGAAAAUCCCCCGUGGCCGCGGGAGCGACGGGGCGGCGCGGGCAGCAUGGCCAGACUGCAGCGGGCACCGGGCGGGGCCGGGGGGACCGUCAUCGAGGUCAAGAGCAAGUUCGAUGCCGAGUUCCGUCGCUUUGCCAUGAAACGCUCCAGCGCCGGCACCUUCCAGGACUUCUAUCGCCUACUGCAGAACGUGCAUCAGAUCCCCUGCCUGGAUGUGCUGCUGGGCUACACCGACGUGCACGGCGACCUGCUGCCCAUCAACAACGACGACAACUACCACAAGGCUCUGUCCUCCGCCAACCCCCUGCUCAGGGUCAUCAUCCAGAAGAAGGCAGAAUCGGACGCUGGUGUCUUUGCCUCCAACUCAUUGCAGAGGAAGAAGAAGGGGCUGCUGCGCCCCACACACUGCAGGGCCAAACCUCACCUCCUCAUUGGCAUGCCACAGGACUUCCGACAGAUCUCCUCCAUCAUCGAUGUGGACAUCCUGCCCGAGACGCACCGCCGCGUGCGGCUGCACAAGCACGGCUCCGACAAACCGCUGGGCUUCUACAUCCGCGACGGCGUCAGCGUGCGCGUGGCCCCGCAGGGCGUCGAGAAGGUGCCCGGCAUCUUCAUCUCCCGCCUGGUGAAGGGCGGCCUGGCAGAGAGCACGGGGCUGCUGGCGGUGAGCGAUGAGAUCCUGGAGGUUAAUGGCAUCGACGUGGCCGGCAAGUCUCUGGACCAGGUGACGGACAUGAUGGUGGCCAACAGCCACAACCUCAUCAUCACCGUCAAACCGGCCAACCAGCGCAACAACGUCAUCCGCAGCAGCAAAGCCUCGGGCAGCUCGGGGGUGUCCACGGACAGCACCCCCAGCCAGCAGACCCCCAGCCCGGCCUCGCAGUACCUCAGCAACUACAGCACAGCUGAGAGCGACGAGGAGGGCGACCUGGUCAUCGAGAGCGACAGCGCGCCCCACUACGGCCCCAUGGGCUGCCCCAAUGGGGGCCCUGCUGACGGACCCCUCCCUCCCAGCCUGUCCCCGCACAGCUCACAGGGCUCCCUGCAGUCCCUGGGCAGCCACGAUGGCAGCCCCGGCCGGGGCAGCGUGCAGGAGGAUGGCACCCUGCUCACCCUAUAGCCGGACUGCUGGUGUGCACCGUGGCAGUGGGACUGAGCGGGGCUACCUCUGCCCUGUCCUUACCCUGGAGCCUACUCCUGCCGGGCACUGCCCAUCUGAGCCCCUCACCUCCCUUCUUCCACCCACGUGGGUUUUUUAAUUAUUUUAUCAAAGCGUGCAUCAUCAAGUAAUAUAUUGCAAUGGACAGUAAAACCUUUUCUAAAAAACA